AUGCCCGUACCAGAAGGUGACGUCGACAAGGGCAAGAAGCUGUUUGUACAACGUUGUGCCCAAUGUCAUACGGCAGUCGCUGGUGGCUCGCACAAGACCGGACCUAAUCUUCACGGAAUAUUCAAUCGCAAGAGCGGCAUGGCCCCGGGCUACGAGUACACCGAGGCAAAUAAGAAGAAAGGUAUGCUUGUAUAUUUUAUUCCUGCCGUCUCACACUAGUACAGACCUGUAUUUGUAUCUCCCUGCUUUCAUGCAUGCCGGGAACGGGCUCACCAGUUGGAGUGCCCACCCCUAGCGCUGCGCUUCUCCCUCCUCCCUGGCAGCAGUCGUAUGUCGACUCGAUUUCGAAAUUAUCAGAUCAGUCAUGUACGGCCCACGUUUAUUUCGACCAUCUCGUCCCUCUGUUCCUUUUCGAAGAGCCGACAUUCCACGUAUGCCAAAAAACAAACAUUGCGCUGCAUAGUAUGUGGCGUCGUAAAUUGCGACCUUUGGACGCUUAAAACAAUUGGCCAUUUCGCCAUCUCGCCAGUACUAAGCAGAUUCCCUUUCGAUAUACAUUUUGCGAGGAUUUUCGGGAGAAAUUCAUGUGAUGAAGGUGACGAAGUAUGGGCCACGUCGGAUAUGUACGGUUGGCCGUCUGAGUUUUCUGUGCUUCAGGCUAAGACUUUGGCAGGCGUGGAAGUGGUUUUGCCGCAAGUGACGAGUGUUUUAGUAAAAGAAUAACCUUAACCGUCCAGUUUAACCAUGAAGAAAGUGGAUUUUUCUCCUCACACUUGUUGCAAAGGACCUAAGAUGCCUCUCAAACGUGGAUCCUAGUUUAGGAAAUCCUCUAUUCCAACUAUUGCUCGUUCUAGUGAAAGUACACACAAAGAUGACGCUAUGUAAGCACUAGGUAACUCAACUUUUUUUUUAACGGAAUGUUGUUUAAAUAAUCAUAGGCCAGGAGAACCAAAAAGUUCUGCUCGUCGAUAGCCCGACACAAAGUAUCGCGAUCCUUGCGUACUAACAGACUACCGCCUUUAGGGCGCCCUUGUCAUCAGUCAUGGUUGUUUCGUUCUGUCAUAAACACCUCCUGAUGCGAUGCACUAGUAUUCUCUGCACUUCUGUCAUUUCCAAUUGCUUGUGAAAACUUCUGCAGGAUUUAAUUAUCACAACAUUUAACUCUUACUGAAGAGCUCUACGAUUGUACAAAUCUAAAUGUCAAGGCGGUCAAGUUCAACAAGCGUGCAUUUUUGAUUAUUCAUCCUCAGACAUGCGCAGUGAUAUAAGCCAGGAUAAAGCAGCGGAAGUUGAGACGGCCAAUGUGCAACAGUUAUGGGCGAUAGGGUUGAGGGCAUUUAGUGGCUAUACGGUUAGUCAACGUAGCCAUAUCCUCCCAGAAGGCGUCCAUACAAGGCCUCAAACUGCCCUAGGCCAAGAUGUAUCCGUCACUUUCGUUUCCGUAUCCUGCCACAUGGUGCUACUGCGACGAAAUUUAAGCAUAGCCCACCGCCAGCCUCCUCCCUCCGCUUCUCCGUCCUUCCCAUAACCUUGAUAGAACCAACAUAUCAGGACGCCCUCAACCUUCUCCCCUAUAACUACUAUUCAUUAUCUGUUUUUUUACCGCACUACCCAUAUGUUGCUGUGCAGACCUGACGAUGAAUAAUUGAGAACGUACGUCCGCCGAAAUUACUGAAAGGGUGAGAAUUUUCCUCUAACAAUCUCGGCUGUGUUGUGCGUGCAUAACGGCAACUUGGACUGUCGUGGGCUCGAAUCACACCGAGGCUGUCGGGUUCUUCACGUUAUUAACACCCAUGGAGACCUUCGGAUCUGGAAGGUCCCCCCUCGGUCUUUCCAGUUUUUUUUUGGUUAUUUUAGGCAUAUGUUCUAGUUUCAUUCUGCAGUACUUCCAUGUUAUGCAUUACUUUGCCUUUACAGGCGUCAUAUGGACUGACGAGACCCUCUUCGAAUACCUCGAAAAUCCGAAGAAAUACAUCCCCGGAACAAAAAUGGUUUUUGCUGGUCUUAAGAAAGCAUCCGACCGUGCUGAUCUUAUCGCUUAUUUGAAGUCAGAAAACAAAUGA